UUCUCGCUCUCGCGGUAGCUGCUUCGUGCCUCCACCGGCGGCGACAUUCAGAGAGGAGAUGGCGGCCAGAGGGGGGUUUCAGACUGCUCCGACGGGAGGUGGUGGCGGAGCAAUGGGACCUGGACCGCCGGUGCCGGGCGCGGGACCAGGCAUGGGCCCCGGGACUCCUUCUGGAAGGAUGGGACCGUCGUCGGCCGCGCAGAACCACAUGUAUCGCUCCCCGAUGCCCGGGCCUGGGUACCCGAGACCAGGCAUGCCUCCUUCAAGCCGCAUGAACCCACAGGGGCCAGCCAUGGGCCCUCCAGGAUAUGGAAACAGCCCAGUGUCUCGCCCUGUGAUGCCUGGUGUGAUGGACCCGUCUCGCAAGAGGCCCGCCCCCCAACAGAUUCAACAGGUGCAGCAGGCGAACCGCAACCAGCACACAAAGAAGAAGAAGAUGGCUGAUAAAAUUCUACCUCAGCGGAUCAGGGAACUGGUCCCAGAGUCUCAGGCUUACAUGGAUCUGCUGGCUUUUGAGAGGAAGCUGGACCAGACCAUCAUGCGCAAGAGGCUGGACAUUCAGGAGGCCCUCAAGAGGCCCAUUAAGCAAAAGAGAAAACUGCGGAUCUUCAUAUCAAACACCUUCAACCCGGCAAAGCCAGAUGCUGAGGAUGGAGAAGGCACAGUUGCAUCAUGGGAGCUGCGUGUCGAGGGGCGUCUGCUGGAAGAUACGGCCGUGUCCAAGUAUGAAGCCACCAAACAGAAGCGGAAGUUCUCUUCUUUCUUCAAGUCUCUGGUGAUCGAGUUGGACAAAGACCUGUACGGUCCAGAUAAUCACCUUGUGGAGUGGCACAGGACUGCCACCACCCAGGAAACGGAUGGUUUCCAGGUGAAGAGGCCCGGUGAUGUGGGUGUUCGCUGCACCGUCCUGCUCAUGCUGGACUACCAGCCCCCUCAGUUCAAGCUGGACCCCCGGCUUGCUCGUAUGCUUGGUAUCCACACCCAGACCAGACCUGUCAUCAUUCAGGCCCUGUGGCAGUACGUCAAGACCCACAAACUCCAAGACCCUCAUGAGCGCGAGUUCAUCAACUGUGACAAAUAUCUGCAGCAGAUCUUUGAGACUCAGCGAAUGAAGUUCUCUGAGAUCCCGCAGCGCCUGCAUGCACUUCUGAUGCCUCCGGAGCCCAUCAUCAUCAACCAUGUGAUCAGUGUGGACCCUAACGACCAAAAGAAGACUGCCUGCUAUGACAUUGACGUGGAGGUGGAUGACACACUGAAGACCCAGAUGAACUCCUUCCUGCUCUCAACAGCCAGUCAGCAGGAAAUUGCAGGACUGGACAAUAAGAUCCAUGAAACCAUUGAGACCAUCAACCAGCUGAAGACCCAGAGGGAGUUCAUGUUGAGUUUUGCCAGAGAUCCUCAGGGCUUUAUCAACGACUGGCUGCAGUCCCAGUGCAGAGACCUCAAGACAAUGACAGAUGUGGUAGGAAACCCAGAGGAAGAGCGAAGAGCAGAGUUUUACUACCAGCCGUGGGCUCAGGAGGCUGUCUGUCGCUACUUCUACUCCAAGGUCCAGCAGAGGCGACAGGAGCUGGAGCAGGCGCUCGGCAUCAGAAACACCUAAAGAAAUUUGUCCCCAGGCGGCAAAUAAGGCGACGCGGUGUGCUGUCUGAGACGACUAAUGUGUGUGCGCGUGUGUGGGAUGUUCAAAGUGAAUUCCUCACAGAAUUUUCUGACAAACUUAGAGAGACAUAGAUACUAGAUGGCUUUACCGUUAUAUAGGAUGUCAUGUUUUGUUUUUUUGUUUUGUUGUUUUUUUUUUUUUUAUGAUCACCCUGCAGGUCAACAAUUACUGCAGUUUUGUCGCUACUUCCACUUUUUUUAAAAAAAAAAUAUAUGAUUUCUCCUCACACCGGAGCUCUCAGAGCUCAGUGUGUUUUCUCAAGCAUGUUAAAGCCUUACCUGCAAGCAUUCCUCUCAUUUUUAUACAUUACGCCCAUACAAAAGUACAGAUUGUACACAGAUGAAUAGCAGAGAGCAGAUUGUACUGGGCGACUUUUAAUGAAAUUUGUCCCCAAAUCUAAAAAUAUCUUAAAUCAGCUGGAAUGUGUCAAUUCUUCCACAGGUCUUUGUUCCCCUUAUUCAGAAAGUAAAUUUACACUUUAAUCUCCCAACCCAGCCUCCAGAUGCUUCCCCAUUCAGUUUGAUAUUGAUUGUGAUUGUGUUUGUAAUCAAUCAUACUAUUUUUGUUGCACAUUGGCAGUUGAUGCAUCACUUUGUCUUAACUUCUCCUCAGUUUGUUUUGACACUUCGUGCCACAAAAGACAUUUUAAAAGCUAAAUCAAGGCAGAAUAUACAUCUUUUGUUAACGGUGGCAUUAAGUAUGAAGUUCUUUUCCCUUUUUUUGUUAUUAUCAAUGAUCCUUGUUUUGAAAAUGUGUAUUAUAUAAGUACUUGUCUUGUUAGCUAGUACAGAUUAUCAAGGAAGUAGCUAGUAUGAGUACCUCUAGUCUAUAUAGUUUUGUAAAUACUGAGCAGAAAAAAAACUGAAGAUGGAUGUGAAGUAAAAUUGUAUCUCUUAUCCUGACAGAUGUUUUUCUUAACUCUUUGUCUAUGCUCAGAUAGUUGAACCAGUAUUUAUAUUAUUAAUCGGCCUUCGUUGUCAGAGCACCGUGGUUUAGCUCUCACAUUUGACGAACCUCUUGCUCUGCAGGACAAAAUGUACAUCGCGUCCAUGUCACCUGCGAGCUGGGAACAGUUAAAUCUCCUGCUUUUAGUUUUGUGUAUUUUAAUGAUGUGCAGAGAAGCCAUAAACACUUGAACUAGCUCAGUCACACGUGCGGCUGAGCAGAUUUAAAGAGUCGUAGCUUCUUCGUGCCCUGGCUGAAGACAUGUUGAGUUUAAUGGUUGUUUCCCUGUUGAAGGUGAAGAUGCGUGUCCUGGCUGAAACCUUUUAGCGUGUGUGCAUUUCAUUAACAAAUUCCAAGAAUACACUAAUGUGGGUUUGGGUGGGAACACGGUUUGAAACUAACAGGGGGACCUCUGGAGUGUAAAUCACGACACGGGGGGGGAAUUUAGUAUUAUUUGAAUCUGCAGACUUUUUCAUGGACCAAACCUAUUUUUCUGUAUGUUCUUAUUAUGUUAUAAUAAAGGAUAUGUAAAAUGUA